AUGGCUCGAACUUAUGUUAAGAAAGGACAAGGCUCUCGUUAUUCAAAUGAAGAUUUUCAAAACGCUCUUGUUGAAAUUUCCAAACGCAACAAUAUUCGUGCUGCGGCCAGAAAAUACAAUAUUCCUUAUGCAACAUUACAAAUUCAUUAUUCUUCACAAGCAGAUCAUCGUGGUGCGGGACGGCCAACACAUUUUACAGAUUUGGAAGAAAAGUUUUUAGUCGGUGCAGUAACAGUUCUCCAAGAAUGA